GAUAAAACCGCCGCUGGACGCCAUCUUUCUCCUCCUGCAACACUUGUUUCUUCACCUAUUUCUUCGUUGCUACCCGACCCGUUUUUCUCAAUCUUCAGGUCAGUUCUCCCUUCGCCAUCAUGAUUAUCUCUGAUUCCGACUCGGCCUCUCCAAUGUCCAACUCUCGUCAGGCCGAUCAUUCUGCCUCUGCCCAAGAUCAAGGUCAAUCUAGUUCCCCUCAGCCGUCAUCGGCGGCGGCGCCCAGCCAAAAGCUGUGCCGGCUAAGGAAGCAAUUUCCCUCCUCGACCCCUGCACUGAAAGGCACUAGGGUCGAACUGGAGGAGAAUAUCAUGGCAUUGUGCCAUUGUCAAGUCACUGACAAAGGGUUCACCGACGCCACUGACAUGGUCGGCCCCUCUAUUGAAGUCCAGCGGCCUACCAUGACCCAGACCACCCUGGAUGCUCCUCCAGGGUUUUCCACUGUUCACCUGGCUUCCUUGAAGAAGGGGCUGCGGUUCCCUCUGCACUCGUUGUUGAUCGAGUUCCUCAACGAGGUGGACCUUCUUCCUUGCCAACUAGUUCCAAACUCCCACCGGUACAUCGCGGGUUAUCUGAUCAAGUGCAAGGAAGCCGGGGUGGAGCCCACCUUAGACCAUUUCCUCUUCACUUUCAAGCUGGCCAAGGGUCAUGGGGAUUGGGCGUCUUAUGCCAGCCUUUCCCAGCAUCGAUUACAGAUGUGCCCGAUGGACUGCAAGGUAGUUACUUCCUUUGUGACAAAAUCUCUCCUUUUUGAGGAGAGGAAGCGCUUCUUCUGCUUGACCGGCUUUUGGGCCAGAUCUACUUCCAACCUAUGGCAAAUGAUCCGCGGGUCGACCCCUGGCAUGUCCCCCGGUCUCCAGGCGAAUAACACUUUAAAGAUUGAAGGACACUUACCAACCGUUCCUUCAAUUUGGGCUGCAGGGCCUUGCCUACCUUCACCUUCUGCUCCGGCUUCGCGGGAUCCAGGGCCACCUCCUCUAUCUCCUCCUCCGGCUCCGCUCUGGGUCGACCCUCCUCCUUCUGGAUAGCGGCACAGAUUGUACUGACGUUCUCGUUGACCCGUGCUUGAGUCUUGGUCGCUCUGACAUAGCACGACCGCGAGAGGCUUUGAUUUUCUUUCGCCACUCCCACCCCAGUAGGGGUGAUGAACUUCAUGCACAGAUGGACGGAGGAGAUUACGCACUUGAAGUCCUCCAGGCCCGGUCGCCCUAGGAUUAAAUGGUGUGUACAAUC